CCAUCAUCGAACACUAGAUUCACCCAAAGUCAAGUUAUGUGGCUUGCGAAUCUGAAAAGAAGAUAAUUAUGGCAUAUGCAUAGCUUUUGGAGGUUCUAUAGUUCCCACAGGCCACCCCCCCACACAACUUUAUUCUAAAACCAAACAUAUUAAUAGAAAAUAUCUUGGGAGAAAGGGGGUGGUGAUUACCAAAACCUAAAAAGCUUAUCAAAAGUUAAAGUGAAUAACUCAAUUUCAAAGUGAAUUUGCUGUGCAAAGAGUGCAAUGGGAGUAGUUGAAGAGGCUCACAAUGUUAAAGUAAUUGGGUCAGGCAAGAAGACCGUGGUACUUGGUCAUGGCUUUGGCACUGAUCAAUCUGUUUGGAAACAUCUUGUCCCUUACCUAGUCGAUGAUUAUCGUGUUGUUCUUUAUGACAACAUGGGCUCUGGUCCGACUAAUCCAGAUUAUUUCGAUUUUAAACGAUACGCUUCUCUUGAAGGUUAUGCCUAUGAUGUAAUUGCCAUUUUGGACGAACUUCAAAUCGAUUCUUGCAUAUAUUUGGGCCAUUCUUUGUCAUCUAUGACUGGUGUUGUUGCUUCCAUAUUUCGUCCUGAUCUCUUCUCCAAACUCAUCUUGCUUUCUGCUUCACCAAGGUUCAUAAAUUCAAAUGAAUAUUACGGAGGAUUCGAAAAGGAAGACAUUGACCAACUAUGCCAAGCGAUGGAGUCGAACUACAAGUCAUGGAUUGAUGGUUUCGCACCGCUAGUAAUUGGCGGCGACAUGGAUUCUGUGGCAGUACAAGAAUUCAGCAGAACCUUAUUCAACAUGAGACCAGACAUCGCACUAAGUGUCUUUCGUACAAUUUUUACAUUCGAUUUAAGGCAUUUCCUAUCCCGUAUCACGGUUCCUUGUCACAUUAUCCAAAGUUCGAAGGACUUGGCCGUACCAGUGGCAGUUUCAGAAUAUAUUCACCAAAAUUUGGGCGGAAAGUCAAUUGUCGAAGUCAUCGCAACUGAAGGUCAUCUUCCACAGCUUAGCGCACCGGAGGUGGCUGUUCCGGUGCUGCUUCGCCAUAUUUCUCAUGAUAUUACUGCUGAUCAUGAAGCUUCUUAGUAGUUCAUGAUUUAUUUGGUUAAUGAAUACCAUAAAUUUUAUCUAAGAAAACCAUAUCUUUGAUUUCUGCGUUUGUUGAUCUAAAUGACCCUUUUUCAUUUGUUACAGUUGUAUAAAACUUCUGAAAAUUUUCUAUUUUUUGUCUGAAAAA